UUCUCCCACAUCAACACCUGAUGAAAACGAAAGUUGCCAUGAAGAUGCAGUCUCUCUUCCUAGUUUUGAUAUCAAAGACAGUAAGUCACUGAUCAUCCAGCGAGGUGGGCGCAAUAUUAAAAAGCGUAGACAUGGUGAUAUGGCUUAUGAAGGGGAUGCUGAUUGGGAGAAUUUGCUAAACGAGCAAGGUUUUUUUGCAAAUCAACAGUUGGCAGACGGUGACCGUUCCUUCAGAGCGAGGGAGAAGUUUAAUGAGGUAGCAGUAUCAUCUGGACUGAAAGCUCGUGCUGUGGGACCUGUUGAGAAGAUCAAAUUUAAGGAGGUCUUGAAGUGUAGAGGUGGGCUACAGGAAUAUUUGGAAUGCAGGAAUCAUAUCUUAGGUCUUUGGAGUAAAGAUGUUAACCGCAUUUUGCCUCUUGUUGACUGCGGUGUUAGUGACACUCCGUCAGAAGGUGAACCACCCCGAGCUUCCCUACUUAGGGAAAUAUAUGCAUUUCUUGACCAGGGUGGUUUCAUAAACUUUGGGAUUGCUUCAAAGAAAGAGAAGGCGGGACAUGGUGUUAAGGCCAAUUACAACUUUCUUGAGGAAAGAAAAGAUGACGAUAGUUCUUUGGCCUGUAAUGCUGAUUCAGAGGAUGGUGUUGCCUUUAUAUUUGGUCGGGUCAAGAAUUCUGAAGCUUCUAUGGAGACAAAUAGUGGUGUUAUAGUUUAUGAUCAAAACCAGGCAUCUGUAGCCAUAAUAACACCAGAAUUACCUUAUGUAAAAGAACAAGAGGAAUGCCCAAGUGAUAGUUCCCAGCAAAAUGGCAGCAUCCGUGCAAAACUAAACCCUGGAUUGAUUAGUUCAGAGGCUCCAAGUGAUGCUCAAUCUUGCGAUGCAAUUGACAUGGGAAUAGCCCCUAUAGUAACUUCAGAAGAACGGAAUGACUCACAAUAUGUUCAGCCUGCAACUUAUGAUAACCCCGAUGGGAAUCAUCACCUGCAGGGUGAUUCAAAGGCCAGAAAGAACAUCAUAGUUGUUGGAGCUGGUCCUGCUGGAUUAACUGCUGCACGCCACUUGAAACGUCAGGGAUUUUCUGUAGUUGUACUUGAGGCUAGGGAUAGAAUAGGAGGUCGCGUUUAUACUGAUCACUCCUCUCUUUCAGUUCCUGUGGAUCUCGGGGCUAGCAUUAUUACUGGAGUUGAGGCUGAUGUACCAACUAAUAGAAGACCGGAUCCCUCCUCAUUGAUUUGUGCACAGUUGGGGUUAGAGUUGACUGUGUUGAAUAGUUCAUGUCCUCUUUAUGACAUUGUGUCUGGUGAAAAGGUUCCUGCUGAUCUGGAUAAAGCUCUGGAAGCAGAAUACAAUAGUCUUCUUGACGACAUGGUGUUUCUUGUUGGUAAAAAAGGUCAAAAAGCAAUGACUAUGUCUCUUGAGGAUGGUUUAGAAUAUGCCCUAAAAAGACAUCGAAUGGAAGAAAUAGGAGCAGAGACUGAAGAAAAAGAAUCACAUUCUUCAGUCGAUGCUUUCUAUGAUUCCAAAGCAAGCAAUGUCUCCGGAAAUUUUUUUGAAAGAAAAUGUUCUGAACAGGAGCUUUUGAGUCCCCUUGAGAGAAGGGUUAUGAAUUGGCACUAUGCCCACUUGGAGUAUGGCUGUGCUGCUUCGCUCAAGGAAGUGUCUCUUCCCAACUGGAAUCAAGAUGAUGUUUAUGGUGGAUUUGGAGGAGCCCAUUGUAUGAUUAAAGGGGGUUAUAGUAAAGUGGUUGAGUCUCUUGGCGAAGGACUUCUAGUCCAAUUGAACCAUGUAGUCACAAAUAUUUCAUACAGCCCAAAGGACCCUGGGCUGGAUAAUAGUCAUAAUAGGCAGGUCAAAGUUUCCACAUCAAAUGGCAGUGAGUUUUCAGGGAAUGCUGUGCUCAUCACUGUGCCACUUGGUUGCUUGAAAGCAGGGGCCAUAAAAUUUUCUCCUCCACUGCCCCAAUGGAAACAAUCUUCCAUACAGUGGCUUGGUUUUGGAGUUCUUAAUAAAGUUAUUUUGGAAUUCCCAGAAGUGUUUUGGGAUGAUUCUGUGGAUUACUUUGGAGUGACUGCUGAGGAAACAGAUAGUAGAGGCCAUUGCUUUAUGUUUUGGAAUGUUCGGAAAACUGUUGGGGCUCCUGUUCUGAUAGCCUUAGUGGCUGGUAAGGCAGCUAUUGAUGGUCAAAGUAUGCACUCAUCUGAUCAUGUUAACCAUGCUGUAAUUAUUCUCCGUAAACUUUUUGGAGAAGCUUCAGUUCCUGAUCCUGUUGCCUCAGUUGUGACUGAUUGGGGCAGGGAUCCUUUCAGCUUUGGUGCUUACUCCUAUGUUGCCAUUGGAGCAUCUGGAGAGGACUAUGACGUGUUGGGUAGGCCUGUUGAGAACUGCUUGUUUUUUGCUGGAGAAGCUACCUGCAAGGAGCAUCCUGACACAGUUGGUGGUGCAAUGUUGAGUGGACUUCGGGAAGCCGUGCGAUUAAUUGACAUAUUUACCACUGGAAAUGAUUAUACAGCCGAAGUAGAGGCAAUGGAGGCUGCACUGAGACAAUCAGAAUCAGGAAGGGAUGAAGUUAGGGACAUAAUUAAGAGACUCGAAUCAGUUGAACUUUCUAAUGUCUUGUACAAGAACUCUUUGGAUCGAGCCCGGGUUUUGAGCAGGGAAGCCAUACUACGGGACAUGUUCUUUAAUGUGAAAACCACUGCAGGACGAUUGCAUCUGGCGAAAAGGUUUUUGGGUCUCCCAGUUGAAUCCUUGAAAUCCUUUGCUGGGACAAAGGAAGGGCUUACCACAUUGAACUCAUGGAUGCUGGAUUCAAUGGGGAAAGAUGGGACUCAAUUGUUGCGACAUUGUGUUCGUCUUCUUGUGCUUGUUUCAACUGAUCUACUCGCAGUUCGUUCAUCAGGCAUAGGGAAAACCGUGAAGGAAAAAAUUUGUGUGCAUACAAGUCGUGACAUACGUGCUAUAGCAAGCCAGUUGGUUAAUAUUUGGCUUGAAGUCUUCCGUAAGGCAAAAGCUUCUUCAAAGAGAAAAUCCCUUAAAGAUCCAGCUUCAGGAAAGCCACCCCUACACUCACGACAUGGUGCUUCCGAAAAUAAAGCAAUCUUGCAGGAUACUUUUUCUGCUGGAAACCAGUAUCCUUUCGCCUUCGGUAUGAAAGAGAAUGGAAUAUCAAUUGAUAUGGAGGUGGAAGCUGUCAACCGAGGGAUGUCAGAGGAAGAGCAGGAUGCCUUUGCUGCUGAAGCAGCUGCCCGAGCUGCAGCAAAAGCAGCUGCGGAGGCACUUGCAUCCACAGAAGCCAACUGCAACAAAUUGCUGCAGCUUCCUAAGAUUCCAUCUUUUCACAAAUUUGCCAGAAGGGAGCAAUACGCACAAAUGGAUGAAGGGCAAUGGCCUGGUGCUGUUUUAGGAAGACCAGAUUGUAUAUCAGAAAUAGACUCUCGUAACUGCAGAGUUAGGGACUGGUCUGUUGAUUUCUCUGCUGCUUGUGUUAACCUCGACAGUUCUGGAAUGUCAGCAGAUAACCUGUCUCAGAAGAGCGACUUGAAACUUAGGGAGCACUCUGGAGAAAGUUUGGCUGUGGACAGCAGUAUCUUCACAAAAGCUUGGGUUGAUAGUGCUGGUAGUGGUGGGAUUAAGGAUUAUCAUGCCAUCGAGAGAUGGCAGUCUCAGGCAGCUGCUGCUGAUCCGGAUUUCUUCCAUCCUACAAAUUUCAAGGAUGAGGAAGAUUCAAAUACUAGUUCAAGGCAACCAACCUGGAAGCACAAUGGACAAGCUAAUGAGAGCUCCAUCUCCCAAGUAUCUGUAAACAAGGAACGAUUUGAUAAUCAUUCCCGUGGGGCUGAUCGUAUUAAACAAGCUGUUGUUGAUUAUGUUGCAUCAUUGCUAAUGCCCCUUUAUAAGGCAAGAAAAAUUGAUAAGGAGGGUUACAAAACGAUAAUGAAGAAAACUGCAACAAAGGUAAUGGAGCAGGCAACAGAUGCAGAGAAAAACAUGUCUGUUCCUGAAUUUCUUGAUUUCAAGCGCAAAAAUAAGAUUCGUCCCUUCGUAGACAAAUUGAUUGAGAGGCACAUGGCAACGAAGCAAACCAUGAAACCAUGAUGGUGUUAAGGAUUGUGGCUAUGCUUUAUUGGCUUUCUCUAUAAAACCUAAAAUGCCUCUCUCUGCUUGAGUUCACUGCCUUAAAAUAUGGUGAUGCUGGAAAAGAGUUAUACAAUCUGCAGUUCAUGACCUAGAAGGUGUUCAUGGAACAAAAGAACAUGGUUCACUGCUUUAUAGUCUUGAUCGACCCUCAAAGCGAAUCAGAAGUUGCUCAAGUUGAAGAAUUAUUGCAAAGUUUAUCGGAAUAGCACUGAAAUAUGGUAGAAGUUUUUUGGAUCUUAAAUUGCCUUCAUUAUCAUAAAUGAGAUCAAUGGAAGUGUCGCGGCUUCUGUUCUAUUUUGUGGGCAAGUGAGUGGUAUUGAAGUUGAUAUCAAGAUCCUUGUAUUAUUGGAACAAAGGGAUACUUGAAAGGGUGGUAGUCAAGAUCCAAAAUUUUAUUAUCGGAUUCCCACAGAUGAGACAUUACUUGUCUUUUCUUGUUUUUGAUUUGUACAGUUUAGUAUUCUUUUAGUGAUGACAAGCAUAUAGAGAUUGUUUAUCUGGAAAUACUGCAACAUUAUCCUGAUUUUUUUUAAUUGAGCAUCAAUUGCUAACCUCAA